CCCUUUCAGUUCACUGGGAGUGCGGUUAUACUGUCUUUUUCGCAGGUGCUGGUACCCUGUGGUGGGAUGGUCGGAGUAUCGCAGAAAAUCAGUGGCCAAGAGCGUGCAAGGCUAAAGAGCAUUGCAAAGAGGAUUCGUCCUGCGGGAUUCAGCCUUAUCGUUCGUACAGAAGCAUGUGAUCAUGGUGAGGAUGAGCUGGAGAAAGAUGUAGUUAAGUUGAUGGAAACAUGGAGGGAGAUUCUUGUUGAAGCUGCAACUGCAGCUGCUGCUGCUGCAGUAACCUCAACAAAUGCUAUUCUCCCGACAAUUCUCCAUCGGGCGAUGGGUCCCACGGUUGCAGUUGUUCGCGACAUGUUCACUGACAAGGUGGAGAGGAUGGUCGUUGACUCAGAAUCUAGCUACCAGGAGGUAAGGAGGGAGAUCAUGCCACGUCAGCAACAGUGCCAUGUCAGCAACAGUGCCACGUCAGCAGUGCCACAUCAGCAACAGUGCCACGUCAGCAACAUGUCGGGCCCAGCUCUGGGCAUGCCAGGCCAACUGGCCAACGAGUCUCUUGCCAACUACAAACAGCGGUUCCAGACUCAGCUCGCCCUGAUCGAGGCUGAGGAACAGCGCCAGCUGGCAGCCGAGGCUGCCCACCUACAGGCUGAAGCAGCGGCAACAGCUGAGAAGCAGCGGCUUCAGGCCGAAGCAGACGCAGAUGCCAAGGCUCGCCGCAAGGAAGCUUAGGAUCUGCUGCAGCGGCACGAAGCAGCCAGCGUCGAGAAACUCAAGUUCUGGCACUUUGAACAAACGCGUCGACCACGU